AUGGCGUUCACCCCAACGGCAGUGAGCGAACAGAGGAGGCCGCCCACGCUCGGCUUCCAGUCCUGCGCUUUGCAUUCCAUGUUCUCAGCGUCAUUCGUCUUAGACCGUGGAUGUCCGACCGUGUGCACAGCCAACCUCAAGAAUCUGCCACUCAAACUUUGGAACAAAUACCGAAUUUCCAACAUUCCAUCGCUAAUAUUCCUCGACGCCACCACCGGGAAGGUUGUGUGCAGGAACGGGCUGCUGGUGAUCCGAGAUGACCCAGAAGGUAAAACCUCAGCACGUGCAUAUGGUCCUCUUAUUACCCAGCCCCUCUUCCUCCAUGCCCCUACCCUCAUCGCCGUCCCCCCGGAGCUUUCAUUCAUGGGCCGAAAGAAGCCCUGCUCGGAGGGCCGUGGAGGCUGUGGGAAAGCAGGGAGAGCUCAGACCCCGGCUUCUAGAGCUGCGUCCGUGGCAGCUGCCCCUUCACGCCUGUGCUCCUCCUUCCCAGCCCCCGGCCGCCAGGUGACUUUGAGGCAGCGGGUCCAUGGACCGCCCUGUGAGAAAACACCGCAGUUGAGCGGGAAGCAUAUUAUCCACUCCCCCUACCUGGAGCUUAGGAGCUUUCAUUCAUGGGCCGAAAGAAGCCCUGCUCGGAGGGCCGUGGAGGCUGUGGGAAAGCAGGGAGAGCUCAGACCCCGGCUUCUAGAGCUGCGUCCGUGGCAGCUGCCCCUUCACGGCCCCUCUCAGGGCCGUCGCCGUGGCCUCCUUCCGGAGAUCUCCUCCCCUCACUUCAUCCAUCCAUGUCCGCCCUGCCGAAGCCUCACCCGGGUCCUGGUGGAGUCCUACCGGAAGAUCAAGGAGGCCGGCCAGAGCUUCGAGAUCAUCUUCGUUAGUGCAGACAGGUCAGUUGUGCCAAUCGCCAAGAAUGGGCCUUUGUGGCCCCCCGGGAGCAGAGCUGUUGGGGGAUCCUCUCUCCUCAGCAGGCCUGCGUUAGAGGGAACACGACGGCUGCCCCGAAUUCCCUCAGGUGGCAGCCUCUGCCGUGGCCUUGAUGAUGAAUUUGCCCCCCAGGCCGGCCUGGCCAAAAGUCCCCCUGCUGCCAACAGGCUGGCCGCUGGCUGCCUUCGGCCAGGGGCGCUGACUGGUUUGGCUCCCUUGCCCCAACCUUCGGGGAGCGCAGACAGCCUGAGGGCUGUGCAGGGCCUGGAGCAGACGCGGGAGCAGCCAGAGGUGGCUGGCGGGCGGCGGGGGACCUGCUUUUCCUUCCAUGGCUCCUCCCAGCUCCUGGCAGUCUUUGGGGAAUUCGUCCUGGCUGCCUCCGGUCACGUUGCCAUCCAGAUGCAGAGAAGGCUGCGUCACAGCCCUGCCCGCUCCUCUCUGCCUCCCAGGGUCCUGGACCCCUUCAGCUUCCUUGCCCCAGCCCCCACCUCCUUCCAAACUCCCUGUCUGGUUGGCAGCGGAAAAGGCACCAGGCCAAACCGUGGGACAGCCUCGAGGCGCCCUGUGGGCCUGGUUCCCUGUGAAUUUCCUGUUAGAGGCUUCGCCCUGCUUUCUCGUUGGAAGUCUGGGAAGCCGCUGAGUGCCCCUCAGCAGCCAGGUCGGGGCUCCGUGUCCUCGCCCUGCCGUCCUGGGCCCCACAGGCAUGGACUCAGAAGAGGCUGCAGCCAGGGUCACGAAGAAGGCCCCUUGGAGGAGGCCCUCGGAGAGCCCCAGGCGCUGGGCCGGGAAGUGCUCAGCUUUGCCUUCAGACUGGCUUCUCCUCCCUCUCCGUCCCCUAUGCCUGCUUCUCUUCCACAGACCCACUCAGCAUCCCACGCCGGGGCACAUGCGGGCCAACCGCGGGGCUUACCACGGCAGCAGGGGCUCUGGUUUACCCCCGUGCUCAUCACUGCCCGAUCUCAGAAACACCAACUCUGGGGAAGGACCUUGCCGGGGGGACUUUGGGAAGGGCGUGUGGUGACGGGAGGGGCUCCUGUGCGGCCAGCUGUCCCUGUGGCGGCCCCCGGACCCGGUGUCUUUUGGGCCGCUGUCUCGAGACCAGCCCCCGAGCCUCGUGGAUGGACACAGCUGGCGUGGACCCCGGCCUCGGGGGAUAAAAUGCAGCCGUGUGAACAUAAUGGAUUCAUUGAUUCCGUUCAGAGGCAGGCACGCCCGCUGUGCCGGUGGCCGCAGCAGGGUACGAAACACGAGGGCCGUGUGUCUGGAAAGAUUUCUGUGACUUUUCUUCCCCAGCCCUGGGGAGGGAGUGGGGCUGGGGUGCAGACGGCGGAGGCUGCAGUCAGCUGUCGUCCUCUCUGUGCAGCCAGCCUCAGGUUCCUUCCCGCACUGGCCCUGCGCUCACCGUGGCCGGGCGAGGGCCUCUCCUCUCGCAUCGCAUCGACCACCCUCAUCAGGUUGUACCUGAGGACACUGAGGCCCCGAAAUGUGAAGGUGACAGGUUACAGGCCCACCCGAGCGGGCUCCAUGGCUCCUCCUGGCCAGGCCUGGAUUCUCCCCAGGUUUUGUGACUUCAGACCUGGACUCCUCAUUGUGAGCCUGUACCAGGUCCUUGGUGGGCUCCUCCGUGGUGGGUGGGACCCCGGCUGGACUCUGCAAGCCUCCUGCCAGGCAGGGCCUGCAUCUCCCAGGCCAGUGGCCAAGCACCCCCUCUUCCCCUCAGGCAUCCCCACGCUCAUCGUGCUGGACCCGCAGGGCGAGGUGAUCACGCGGCAGGGGCGGGUGGAGGUGCUGAACGACGAGGACUGCCGGGAGUUCCCCUGGCACCCCAAACCCGUGCUGGAGCUCUCCGACUCCAACGCCACGCAGCUCAACGAGGGCCCCUGCCUCGUCCUUUUUGUAGGUAUGAAGCUCACGGGGGGGGCCUGGGAUGACAUGACUGACUCCCUGCGAGAUUACACCAACCUGCCUGAGGCGGCCCCUUUGCUCACCAUCCUGGACAUGUCAGCCCGGGCCAAGUACGUGAUGGACGUGGAGGAGAUCACCCCCGCCAUCGUGGAGGCCUUUGUGAAUGACUUCCUAGCAGAGAAGCUCAAACCGGAGCCCAUCUAGCGUGGCUCCGGCCUCCUGAGACGUUAUUUAAAACUCAGCCUUCUCCUCCUCCUCCCCCUCCUUCCCUCCGCCCUCGGACUUACCCAGCGUGCCCCGAAUCACACCACCCAAGUGUCCAGCCUCUCUGUGGUGCCUUGUUUCUGCAUUAAACUCCUCAGCCAGCGCCCUGGGGUGCGGAAUC